ACAGCGUACACACUGUAUAUACACAAGCCCGCACCGGUGUUAAUUUGAUGGCCAUGGUGGUUUAGAAUUUCACAGCGCCUCAAUUCAAGAUGAAUUUCCUCUACAGAUUGGGAAUUUUCCUUAAUAUUCUGUGGAUACAAGCUUUCUUUGUGCCUGGAUUACAGUGUAAUCUGUCAGAGGAAGAUGUUUUGUUCUUGAAGGAUGAGCCUAAUCCAAAGUGUUUCUCUCGGACAACAUUGGAUUUCACCUGCUUCUUCGAGACUGCAGACAACAGGACUUAUAAUUUGUUCUACUCUAUAGACUCUCCAGCGCAGAGGUGUGAAUUAUCCGUCCAGAGAACAGAGAAGGGAACUUUGCUGCACAUCUGCUCUUUACCUGAAGUUAUGUGGUUUGUUGACUGCAUCCUUACAGUCACUGAAUCCUUUACGAACGCCACCAUCUACACUCGGACUGUCUUUAUGAACGAUCAUGUUCUUUUAGAUCCACCAGUUAAUCUGUCUUUACACCCAAAUGGCCAAGUGGGACAGCUGAAUCCUUCAUGGACUUCAAACAUAAAAGACGUACUAGUGAAGUACAGAAUUGAGUACUCCUCUGAGGUCCUUUACAAGGAGUUAGAUCUAGAGAAAGAGGACAUACUGGAUUCUCUGAAAGAAGGCGAGGAGGUUAAAGUGCAAGUCGCUAUUAAACCUGAUUCACCUUUUGAUGGCUUUUGGAGCAGGUGGUCAGAUCCUGCGCGAGCUGUGGUCCCCCAAAGUGCAGAUGACACUGCACUUUUAUGCUUCACCUCUGACCUGAAAAAUGUCACCUGCCACUGGAAUUCGAGCAAAUAUGAUAAAAACAACUUUGGACUUUUUUACCAAAUCCUUCACAGCAAGACCUCGAGGUGGACGAGUUGGACUGAAUGUGUGGCUGAUGAGAAAAUCACUGACCAGUGUUGUUUCCAUGGAGGAGAGUCCAGGGAAGUCAGGGUCAAGCUCACAAACAUCUCAGGUCCAAAAAGGAGGACUUUCUACACUGGAGCAUUUACACUCAGCAACUCCAUCAAAACAUCCCCACCAAGUCAUCUGAAAAGAAUCCUCAAGAAAGAUAAGUUUUGCUUGAAAUGGGACGCUCCUCUUCCGUCACUGUCAAAUUACCUACAGUAUGAAUUUGACCACCAGCUGAAAGAAUAUGAAGGAUGGAAGUAUUUCCGUCCAGAGAUAGUAAAGGGCCCUAAGACAGAAGCAUGUGUUGAGGUUCCAGCAGGCAGCCAGUACAGAGUCAGGGUCAGAGCUAAACCCGCUGGGCAAAUUUACUCUGGCUUCUGGAGUGACUGGUCCAAUGUGUUCACUGGUGAAAACCCCCGUGACUCCCUCAGUUACACAGGCGUGUUGCUCAUCGUGUGUAUCCCAGUGUUUAUACUGAUAACAGCCACCAUCAGCACCAUCGUGUGUGCCCUGCACAUCAGGAAAGUCAAGCAGUAUUUUUGGCCACCAAUUCCAAACCCUGAGAAAGUCUUGCAAGGCUAUCUGACAGAGAUCAACACGCAGAAAAGGGAUCAUCCUGUUCUAGAAAAGCUGUGCUCCGAGGAAAACACUACAUCUGUAGUGGAGAUCAUGUCUGAAGUAGAGGUUUCCGAGUUUAGGAAGCCGUCAGAAGAAUUCGCCGAGCUCCUGUCAUCAGAAGGGAGCUUCACCAGCAGCGAACUGGUAGAUGGAAGCCCGGGGACAGAAAUCUUUCCAGACUACGUGACUCUCAACAAAGACAGUAUCUUUCUCUGCUCACCAGCAAACAUUUACAUACAUGAGCAUGUGACAGAGAAAGGAAACCAUGAGAUAGGAGAUGAGUACCUUCCCACGUGUUCCUGCUCUGAUGGCUCCGUCUGCUUCUCACCUUGCUUAUGCAGUGACCUUCUUAACCAUUCAUAUUUGCCUCUGGCAGAGCCUGCAGAAAAAUUCAGCUGCAAGGUCAUUGCUGCAAGGAGUCCCGGAAACAUCUAUACUAACUUUCCAUAAGAAGAACAAAAAGUGUAGCAAGUGUUUUUUUUGUUUGUUUGUUUCCAUCAGUGCAAAUCUUCUGUACAGUAAUCUCUGCACUUUGUACUGUUUGGCUGUAAAAAAAAA